AAUCCCAUCUUAAUUAUUCCCUUGACUUGAGCAGUUCGAACUGCCUGUAAAAUUAGCGUCGUACCUGAACGAAGAAAAAUGGGGAAUCCGCCGAUUUCGCCGGAGAAUCAGCCGCCUCUUCACGGGAGCGACGCUGACGCCGACGACGAGAACGUCAAGCAGCUCAAUGAAUGCUCCUCUUUCUACUUAUCGUUACAGGAAUGUCUUAUCAAAACUAACAGGAACUGGAAAGAUUGCCAGGCUGAAGUUCAAGCUUUGAAGGCUUGCAAUGAGAGAAGGAAAACUGGCCAUGGCAAGUGAAGGUUCUGGAAAGGAGCAUAGUGUACCAGAUUACAUCUAAGAUAUUGGCUUUACUCAUUCACAAUUUUGUUGUAUUGACUCGUUUAAACGUAAUUUUAGAUAUCUAAAAGCUUGAUUGUUCUGGAAAUCUUAUCAUUAUGUCAAGCUAUGCUUAUCUUAGCCCUAUUUCUGCUCGUGACCUGAGAAUUUGAAUCAUACAACAAAAGGGUAUACAUUAGCCGAUCGUUACCUCUAAAAAGAGUAUAUAUUAGUUGCUGUCGAGCUAUGCUUAUAUUACCCAUAUUUCUGCUAGUGACCUAAGAUCUUGAGAAUCUGAAUCAUACAACAAAAGAGUAUAUAUUAGCGGCUCGUUACCUAAAAAAAAAGUAUAUAUUAGUUGCUGUUGAGCUAUACUUACGUUAGUCUUAUUUCUGCUCGUGACCUAAGAUCUGAGAAUUUGAACCUCAAAAGAGUAUAUAUUAGCUGCUCGUUACCUCAAAAAAGAGUAUGUAUUAGUUGCUGUCGAGCUAUGCUUAUGUUAGCCCUAUUUUUGCUCGUGACCUGAGAUCUGAGAAUUUGAAUCAUACAACAAAAGAGUAUAUAUUAGCUGCUCGUUACCUCAAAAAAGAGUAUAUCUUGGUUGUUGUCCAGCUAUGCUUAUGUUAGUUCUAUAUCUACUUGUGACCUGAGAUCUGAGAAUUAGAAUCAUACAACAAAAGAUUAUAUAUUAGCUGCUAGUUACCUCUUUUUGAUAGUUGCUGUCGAGCUAUGCUUAUGUUAGUCCUACUUCUGCUAGUGACCUGAGAUUUGAGAAUUUGAAUCACACAACACCAUUGAAAUAAGAAAUUUGUUUGAACUCAUGUAUUUUUCAGGGCCCUCCGACCAACAAUUGGUGAUGAUCAGCCACAAGUUUACUAAGCUACUGACAUGACACUUAUCAUGGGAUGGAUCUACCUUAAGCAACAGAAAAAAAGGGGGAAGUUUUCUCUAUGUACCAUACCAUGCCAGCCAGAAUUGAAGAGACAAGGUAACAAGAGUGGGGUCUGAAACUUGUUUAUCAUUGAGCUUUGAAGUUAACCCACCUCAUUAAAUUCUCUUCUUUGUCUUGUCAUUUUAAUGGGACUGUAGAUUUUC